AUGCGAGCACCUCGGUUCGACAGGCCCCUGCCCAAACGAGUUUCCUCCCGCUGUUCUAUGGAUCAAUGCUACAACAAUUACAGUUGUAAUGCUCUUAAUUUUGACAACAGAUACGAUUUGUAUACGUCAAUAGAAAUGUGUCUCCCGGGUUGUAAGAGACACGUACAAAGGAUAGUGCAGUAUCUGCGAGAAGAGGAAAACAAACAGGCCAGAUAUGGGGCUGUUGCUAUGGGAGGACUUACUGGAUUCAUAUUUGGCCUGAGAGGUGGCUUUAUUAAAAGAGUAUUCUAUGCCACUCUUGGCACAACAUCCAUGGGUUAUGUUUGCUUCCCUGAAGAAACAAAGCAAAUAAUGAAUGAAAAUGGUACUCUAGCAAAACACUUGGGAUACCACUGUCCCAUCACAUAUAAUCCAACUGACUACUUUAUCAAAGUGUUGGCGUUGACACCUGGCUCGGAAGGUGCAUCAAGACAUGCCAUUAAGAGCGUCUGUGAUCGGUUCGCGGUCAGUGAUGCUGCUAAGGAACUGGACAUAGAGAUACAUCUUGAGUUCCACCUAAUAGAUAAUCAAGAUGAGGUAAGAAAAUAUACAUCAUUCAGUCGAUCGACACUAGAAUAA